AUGAGCGGUUUCAACCUGCGGAAGCGCGCUCGCGUAUGUUACUACGAGCCGGAGGAGCCGCCCUACGAUGAAUUUAUCUACUGCACCGAGUGCCGGGACUAUGUGUAUGAGUACUGCGCAAUACAUGGCCCGUUACUUGUUAUACCCGAUGACAAGGUGCCCGCCGUGACGGGGCUCCCCGCCUUCGUGCCGCGCUCCGCGCUCACCGUCCCGAGAAUCUUCCUGCAUCUUGCCUACUCGAAUAUCCCAGGUUUCCCAGACGAGGAUUAUAUCAGUAUUUUAGCUGUUGAUAUAGAGUAUCUAGGGGCGGGAAUAGGCGUGUUCAGCACGCUGACGCUGCCCAGCGGCGUGCGCUUCGGGCCCUACCGCGGCCGCCGCCUCGACACCGCGCUCGACUCUGGCUACGAAUGGCAGCUGUACGACCGCAACAACAAGCCGAGCCACGUGGUGGACGCGAGCGACGCCAACAACUCCAACUGGAUGCGAUACGUCAACUGCUCGCGGCGCUACUCCGAGCAGAACCUGGUCGCCUUCCAGUACCAGGGCGAGCUCUACUACAGGACGAUAAGGAUCGUGCCGCGCUUCACGGAGCUGCUGGUGUUCUACGGCAGCGAGUUCGCCAACCGGCUCGGCGUCGACCUGCGCCGG